GCAUCGUAAGCGGCUAGAUAAAGAGAGAAGGCUCUUCCUAUUUAUUUGAAUGGCGGCACAUACCAAUAAGCCACGAUGAUGUGGCGAUAAAGGAAGAAGGCGCAGGGAUCAGACUUGCUGGAGAGCUCAACGCAGAUAACAUCGGCGAUGUUUAAGACAGAUCUCUUGAUUCCGUGUUAAAACCCGCGAGAUUCCUCUACCUGGACCACACUAAAAUGAUGCAUGGCGACCUCCUCCCGUUGUCGCACACAUUAGCUGAGCAGAAGCGGAACGGAGCAUUUUGAUGCACAUGAAUGGAAUUCUGAGACUGAUGCAUCUCGGUUAGCCUCUCUUCCGAUCGAAUGAUGGAAGGAACAGGAUAACGGUAUUCAAAAGGUUUGCUCAUAAUGGAGGUGCCACAGAUAUAAUAACGGGUCAGUGGUGAGCACGUGUUUUUGGACUAGUUGUUCGGGAUUUGUGUGAUCAGAUCGAAGGAAUGAUGUCUUUAAGAUGUCACAGGAGCAAGUCUGUAUGGGCUACUCUGGCUGUGCUGGCGUUGUGCUGGCUCUACAUCUUUCCAGUGUACAGGAUACCCAGCGACAAGGAGAUGGUGGAUGAGGUUCUGCGGCAGGGACAAACAUGGACCCGAAACCAAACGGGAAUAGAUCUGUACAGGAAGCUGCUCACAGAAUGCUGUGACCCAAAGAGGAUGUUUGCUUUGACUAAAGAGAAUUCUCCAAUUGGGAAGGACUUAUGGUACGACGGUGAACUUUACCAUUACCACAAAGUCAACAAUGAGACGUACUCGUUCUUUAUUCAGGAUACACCAUUGCAGUUUCCUCUAAAGAAGUGUUCGGUGGUGGGCAACGGCGGGGUCCUAAAGCACAGCGAGUGUGGACGAGAAAUUGACCAGGCUGACUUCGUCAUGAGAUGUAACCUUCCUCCUUUGUCCAAAGAGUACAAUGCUGACGUAGGUACCAGAACACACCUGGUGACCGCUAAUCCAAGCAUCAUUGAAAAGAGCUUUCAGAGUCUGCUUUGGUCCCGCAAAUCCUUUGUGGAGAGCAUGAAGGUGUACGGUUCCAGCUACAUCUAUAUGCCAGCGUUUUCCAUGAAGCCCGGUACUGAGCCCUCCCUCCGUGCAUACCACGCCCUCGCAGACGCCGCCUCCGACCAGACAAUUGUCUUCGCCAACCCAGACUUCCUCAAAAACGUCGGCCGAUUCUGGAAGCACCGCGGCGUCCACGGCAAACGCCUGUCGACAGGGCUGUUCCUGGUGAGCCUCGCGCUCGGCUUGUGCGAGGAGGUGACGGCUUACGGUUUCUGGCCGUUUUCCAUAGGGCUUGACGAGCAACCGGUCAGCCACCAUUAUUACGACAACAUUCUCCCGUCCUCUGGAUUUCACGCUAUGCCUGAGGAGUUCCUGCAGCUCUGGCAAUUGCACAAGAGCGGCACGCUGCGUAUGCGUGUAGGCCAUUGUACAAACGCGGGGGAGGAGCAGAAGAGGGAAAAAUAGAAGUGAAAGUGUUGCCAGGGGCAACUUCCUUUAUUCCCACAGGAACAGAGUGUCCAUCUUUUUCUGUGAUUAGCAUGAGAAUACUGUGAGCUGAUGCCCCCACCCCCAAAGCUGGGUCUCUUUCUUCAGUGUCUAAAUGCUUGACCCCUGUGUAUGUAUCCGAAAAGAACCUCAAACACAACCUGCCUGUAAUAGCCAAAGCACUGACCUGCAUGUAUACCUAUUCUCGUGUAUGCGCUCACUGGAAGCUUGUUGUAUCUUUCACUGGAGAUGGCGGGGUCCGGUGUGACCUAUUUUAGCUGCAUCCACCAGCAGUUAGACCCUUGUUCCCAGGUGCUGUGUGUUUAGGUCUAAUUUGGGAGAGGGACUUCUUCUAAAAAUGUCUUGAUUUAAAAAAGUUUUGACCUUUUUCAUGUUGUAUUUUUGGUCGGUUCAUGUUAAGCACUGAUUUUAUUACAUGUUUUUGUGAAAGACAUAAGGAAAAAUGUGAACAUCCCUGAAUCCUUCACAUUUGCACAGAUCUGUGUUAAAACAGGUUUAGUUUGACUAAAGGGAAUUUCAGUGUGUUAUUGAAUGUGAACGGUGUAUGGCCGUAAUUUUCUUAACUUGUGGCAUCGUGCAGAUUUUAUCUAAAGGCAGCGGGUUAUGUAUUGUUGAUAAUAUGUUUUAAUUCUUCCUUUAAAUUAUUCACAUGUUCAAACAUUCAACGGGAAAUGAAGUAAACUGUGAAUACAUCUUUGACAUCAACGCGUCCUAUCAACCCGUUUUAUACAUUAGAUGGUUGAAAUUACAUUACAUCCAAAGCAGCUUUCAAUGUUUUCAACAUAUAUAUUUUUAUCAGUAAAUUUCCUGGGAUUGAACUACAGUGGCUACAGGGACAUUUACAGAAGAAGAAAAAAACGUUUCAGUGCCAGUGGAAGAAUUCUGAUCACCGGUGGACUGACAUACCUUGUGGUUUUUGCAAAUACCAUACUUUUUAUUUAGAUGUGAUCUGAGAAACAAUCAUAUGAAGAAACGGGGGUUGGAGUGAGCCCUUGUGACAAGGUUGAAGGAGCAAAAUUCAUGCCAGACUUUUGUUGCCUGCUAAGGUGCUGGACACCUUGUCCAUGUAAAUAAUCACCGCUUUCGUUACUGUUUCCAUAAGUGUUGUGUUCUCUGAAUCUAUUGGGAGUAUAUUUAGUAGUCUGCCCAAUAACUUACUUUUUAAGCAUUGUAAUAUUUUCAUUGCUUAAAUAGUUGUGUUUAGUUUGUUUUAGUGUACUUGUGUAGAGUAUGUUUCAGGCAGUAAUGUAUUGAAGUCGCCAAGACCCAUGGGUGAAUCUCACAAAAACAUGUGCCGGCCAUAUUUAACCCUAAUCAAAAAUUGCGAAAAUACCAUUUCAGCAUCAUUUCUCAUUACCGCAAUUUCUCAUUACCAGAAUGUUUUUCACAAUUACAUCUUUAGCUUAAGUCAGCACAAAUUAAAGGGGGUUCUACAAACAGUACCAUGAUGUGUUCCUAACUAUUUAAAUAAUACUGCAUCAUUUACGUUUUGCGUUACGGUAAUGAGAAUUGGGGAGAGUAAAUGUUUUAAUUUUCGCAGAAAAAUGCCAAAAUAUAGUGAUGGUCCAAAAAAUUAACCAGGGAUGUUUUUGGAAGGUUUUAUGAGAUUAAUUUAUAGAGUUCAGGGAAUAGUGUGCACUUGUCUGUGCCGAGUAUCUCCAAAACUGUGGAUUCACAUCCACAUUUUCACACUUCUCAGUUCAGCUUUAAAAAUUAAGGCUAAUUUUAUUUUGCUCACAAACUCUAAACUCCAUUGAUGAGUGAUGAGCGCUGCCAAUGUAGGGUGACUACUGAUUUGUCAUGACAUGAAAUGACAAAUACAUAUUUUGGAUGGGGGUGUUGAAAUGUCUUAGCAUGCAGUUAGAGAAGGACCAACGUACAGUAUUACUGUUACAUUUGAAUUUCCAGAUUUUUUGGUGUAAGCAUAUUUGGAAAGCAGGAGUUUUACCUUUAUUUUGUUGCACCUUUGUGCUGUUCAGUAUUGUGAAUGAGUGAGGUUAUAGUUUGUAUGUAUGCAUGCAUGACUGUGAAAUGUUAUUGGUUUCUGAAACUGAUUUUGAGUUAUAAACUCACAAACCGCUAUGUAUAUUUAAGUUUUGCCCGUUGGGGUUUCUUAGCCAUAUGAGGGUAUGUUCCCUUCUGAAACUCAGCUUACCUCAAAUGUACUAUAUACUGUUAACUCUAUCAGUGAAGCUCACAAGAGCUUGAAUCUUAAGUUAAGUAUGUUUUCCCCUAAAAUGCUGGUGUCCGAUUAGGUCAGUUUUAUUAUAUGAUACUAACAGUAUACAGGAACAGGGCUGAACAUUGGCCGUUUCUCAAUUCCGACUUAUGCCAGUAAUGAGAAAAAUUUAAAUUUUGUGUUAAAAGUGAACAAAGCACUGCUGUCAAAUAAUAAGGAAGACCAGUGUGAGCUAGUCUGCUGCAGUAUGUGUAGUGUGAAUUGUAAUUCUGAAUGACAUAAAAUUUGUUUAAAGUCUGUA